AUGUCUACGUUUGUCGCGCAGCAGACCGACGGCCUCAUCCUAUCCACUUUCCCCGGCAACGCCUUCGCAGUACAGUCCACAGUCACCGCCCGCACAGAGCAUCUGAAUGCACUUCUCCUGGCCCUCAAACCACCUUUGUCACCAGAUACUCUGCGCGACACGGUCGAGGGGCUUCAGAGGCUGGAGAGCGAGACCGACGGCGCAGAAGAUGCUGCCAUACGGAUAGCCGUCUUGGGCAGGCUCACGGUCGGGGUAUAUGCUCAGGCGCUCAGUGCUUACCUAGAGCAAGCGAGCGAGGCUGAAGCUGAAGCCGAGUGGUGGAGCGACAUUGAGCGGUCGAGGCUGGACGCUGCCCGGUACUUGCUGCAGACACUCCCCGUUCGCCUAGCCAGCCUGGCUCGGACCGUCGUACACACCAUCCGCUCCGAGUCUCACUCCCUGUCCACGCGCCAAGUCACCCCCUCGUCCGUCCUGCACACCCUCCGCUCCCUCGCGCACAGCGCCAGCCCCCUCCGGCCCAACCUCCUCACCACCUCCCUCUUCCCGCACCUCCACACCGACCCCCACCUCCUCACCUCCCUCUCGCUCCCCCUGCCCACCUCCGUCUCCACCGCCUCCCUCCGCACAACCCUGACCACGUGGCUGCACACCAUCCUGCACACCCUCACCCUCCCCAUCUCGCUGACCCACCAGGAAUGCACGCUCAAGCGGCAGCAGCUCGACAAGAUCAGGAACGAAAAGGCCGAGCGCCUCGGCGCGCUGAGCGGGAUGCGCCCCCAGCUCGAAAAGGCGCUCAAAGACGGCGACGAAGCCGAGCUCACCUCCUUCGUUACAGCCAUGCAAAGUCUCGUCGUGCCCACGGCCUCUCCCUCUGCGCAGGCACUUGCCGCCUCCCUCUCCACGCUCACCGCCUACACCCCCGCCCCCGUCCCCGCCGCGCUCCGCCGCCCCCCGCGCCUCACGCUCCUCUGGCCGCGCCUCGUGCUCGGCCCGCCGCUCGCGCUCUUCGCGGUGCGCCGCCUGUACGCGUCGCGCGCGAGCCUCACGGAGCUCGCAGGGCAGGCCGCGGACACGCUCCGCGGGUUCUGGCAGGGCUGGGUGCUCGAGCCCGUGCGCGAUAUCGUGCGGACGGUAAGGGCGGGCGGCGAGGGCGGCGUGAUCGUGAGGAAGGAGGGCGUCGAGGCGGAUUUGCAGUCCCUGGAACGCAUGGUGGUGGCGCUCGCUAGGGACAAGCUGGGGUACGGCGCGCAGCAGCUGGACGCGCUCGCGGGCAAGGUGCGCGUCGGGGACCUGACGCCCGUGAUGGAGAUCUACGAGGAGGACAUCAAGAGCCCGAUCCGGAGCGCCGUCGCGGGCACGCUCGUGCGCAGCCUCUUCGUGCAGGUGCAGAAGGCCAAGGUGGACAUCGACCAGGCGCUCUCGGGCAUCGACAAGCUGCUCAAGAGCCAGGAGCUCACGUUUGCGUUCGUGGGCGUCGCGCCCGCGCUCGCGGUCGUGUACGGCGCCGCCGGCGCGCUGCUGCGCGUGUGGACGGGCGGGCGCGGCCGCGGCCGGUUUGGCGGGGCGCAGCGGCGCGCGGGCGUGCUGGGCGACGUGCGGCGCGUGGAGCGCCUGCUGAUUUUCCAGCCCAAGGGUGCGUCGGCCCGGCCGGACGGGGAGGGGCAGGAGAUCCCGCCGCUGACGACGGGCUUGCUGCUGCUCUCGCUGACGCGCCUCCGGCGGUACGCGGAGACGCAUCUGCCGAGGGGGAGCAGGCUGCGCGAGGGGUUCUUGGAGGAUGUGAGGGAUUUGGAGGACCCGCUGUUGGGGAGGCGGGAGAAGCUGAGGGUGGUGGAGAGGAUGUGGAGGUGCUGGGGAGGGCUGCUCGGGUGGGGGGAGGUUAGUGCGUAG